CAGCCCACUUUGUGCUGACUGACCAAUGAGGUGAAUUAAUGUGCUUGGCGAAGGGUUGAGGGCUGGUCCAUUCCGGAGGCUUCACAUAUCACUUAGCCGGAUGGACAACUCCCACAGGGGCUGAAAUAAAAGGAGACAAAGAGAAGACAGGAGCUCACAUUCCUGCCUCCGGGACACAAAAGUGUGUGUUAGCUUUGUUGCUAAAUUUCCAGACCACUCUUAUCAAUGGCUACGUAUAGCUAUAGGCAAUCCACCUCUUCUGUUGGUGGAGGCCUCGGUGGGUCUUCCUCCUUCCGGUCUCCAAGCAUCCACGGUGGAUCUGGUGGCCGAGGCAUCUCCGUCUCUUCUGCUAGAUUUGUCUCCUCUGGGGUUGGUGGUGGCUUUGGUGGUGGUCUAGGUGGUGGCUUUGGUGGCAGCCUUGGUGGCGGCUAUGGAGGCAGCUAUGGAAGCAGCUAUGGAGGCGGCUUUGGUGUUGGUGGUGGCUUUGGUGGGAGUGGAUAUAGUACCAGCAUAAGUGCCAGCGAUGGCCUCCUUUCUGGAAAUGAGAAGAUAACUAUGCAGAAUCUGAAUGACCGCUUGGCUAACUAUCUGGACAAAGUGCGUGCCCUGGAGGAGUCCAAUGGUGAGUUGGAGGCGAAGAUCCGAGAGUGGUAUCAGAAGCAGGGGCCCAGUCCAACUCGGGACUACACUGCCUAUCACAAGACUAUUGAAGACCUUAGAGACAAGAUCCUUAAUGAGAACAUUGACAACCACAAAAUUAUCCUGCAGAUUGAUAAUGCCAGACUGGCUGCUGAUGACUUCAGAACCAAGUUUGAGACUGAGCAAGCUCUGCGGGUGAGUGUGGAGACAGAUAUUAAUGGCCUCCGCAGAGUCCUGGAUGAGCUGACCUUGGCUAAAACUGAUCUGGAGAUGCAGAUUGAAAAUCUGAAGGAGGAACUGGCCUAUCUGAAGAAGAAUCAUGAAGAGGAAAUGAGUUCUCUUACUGGGCAACUGACUGGCAGUGUGAAUGUGGAGGUUGACUCUGCUCCAGGCAUUGACCUUACCAAGAUCCUGGCUGAUAUGAGAGACCAGUAUGAACUGCUGGCUGAAAAGAACAGGAAGGAUGCGGAGGCUUGGUUUACCACCAAGACUGAAGAACUGAACCGGGAGGUUGCCGUUAAUACUGAACAGCUUCAGACCCACAAGACUGAGAUCACCGACUUGAGACGUAGCUUCCAGAGUUUGGAGAUUGAACUGCAGUCUCAGCUCAGCAUGAAAGCUGCCCUGGAAGGGACCUUGUCGGACACAGAGAAUCGUUAUGGGGCUCAGUUGUGCCAGAUCCAGGCUCUGAUCAGCAACAUUGAAGCACAGCUGGUCGAGGUCCGAUCCGACAUGGAGCGACAGAACAAUGAAUAUAAGAUGCUGAUGGACAUCAAGACCCGUCUGGAGCAGGAGAUUCAGACCUACCGCCAGCUCUUGGAUACCCAAGACAUCCACUUGUCAGGAACUGACGCAGGAACUAAAGCUAAAGACAAAGUGAGUGAAAGCAAGAAGUAGUGAACAGGACUCAUGUCUUCAAGCAGAAAUGAAAGAGGCACCAGUGAGAUCAACUAUUGCUUUAAUCAAUCAAUGAAAAUGUUUGCUUUCCAAAAAUCACUUGUGGUAGCUUCUUGAGAACCAAUUCCUGAUGGCUCCUUAGCUGCUUCUCUGUUUAGCACCCUGUUGUAUGUUCCUCAUGCUUAAUAAAAUUUCUUUUGCAUCCUGUA